AAUACGCCAAAGAAUGAAGGUCAGCCCAACAUCCGAUUUACUUGCCACAGAGUUGGUGAGGAAGAGUAUUCGUCGUUAGCACAGCCAAUCGUACGUCUCUACAGGAUAAACGAUGGGUCAGGGCAGUUGUCCGAUGACGGGAUCUGGAGACUUGGAGAUAGUCAGCAAGAAUCCUCAACUACUGAUGUAUUUCAAGUCGAUCAUGUAACAGCGGAAGAUAUGUUUGUUUGCAUCAUCUACGAUGUCAAUAAUUACAGAAGUGACAUAAUCCAUGCUGACCUUAACAUUUUACCUCAGUUGAAAAGGGCGCCUUUGAUCCAAGAGACAACCCAAACUUCAAUCACACUGACUUGGGAUGAAUGGAUGGCAAGGGAAGACAUUGGUGAUCCUCCACUAAUUGGUUACAACGUCUACUACAAGGAAGAAGCUCUUGACUCUUUGCCAUGGAUCCAAUUCGAUCGUGAAAACGAUACGGAAGCUGCAGAAAGGGCUGAUGGGUUGGACCCGGAUACUGAUUACAUAUUUGCUGUCUCUGCAGUGCGAGAAGGUCAGGGCGGAGAAGGUCCCUUGAAAAAGGCUUCUGCAAGUACUAAAUGUUUGCCCCCCACCGGAGUCGUUUCUCAUGUCACGGCCCAUCAAGUCUCUUCUCCAGAUGAACUUCUUAUUACGUGGCAGUUGCCAACAUCAGGUGCUAAUUGUCGAAGUGGUAUGGCAAACAUAUCGAUCUACUUCUCUACUGUGAAUCACGUCUCUCUUGUCGAGUCGGUAAAGAUACCGUUCAGUGAUACUACUGAAACUCAUUACCUGGACUCGGUCCUACCUGAUACCCAGUACGCGAUCUAUAUCACAUUAUGGAACAAAGACGCCGAAGGCCCAUCAAGCCAAAGUUCAUUAAGGAUGACAUCUCAACGACAAACAAGUGCUGUUCCGUGGGUUACAUUUGGUGUUACUCUAGCUCUCCUUCUCGCUUCUCUUGGCACUAUCAUAUUCUUAUGGAGAAGACUCAAAACCAAUCCCGCAACUCCGAAGGCAAACAAGACAAUCCAAGAACAACCGCCUUACGAGAACCCAACAUUUGAGGAAUCUCUUAUACACACCUAUGAAAGCACGAUACGUAUGGACCCAACGACAGACAUUGAUUACAUUAAUGUCAAGUGAAUAUUUGAGGAAAUAGAACCAUGUGUGGUUUGAGGGUGGGACUUUAGGGACUGAAUCCUCCCCCCAAAAAAUCGUUCAAGCCCUCCCCCCAAAAAAAUCGUCCAAAAAUAAAUAUCUUA